CUCUAUGCAUAUAAAUACCAAGAGAAAAUUCAGUUACAGCAUAGUUUGUGCAAAAAUUUCUUACGAAUCAAACCAUGAGGACCUAUGUGGCUUUAUUCGCCUUCGUGGCUGUUGCGGUGGCCAACCCCCUGCCCUUGGUGCAGCUCGUCAUCAACAUUGACGCUCUCGGCACGUCCGGACAACCCGAAGUACCGCCGAGCCCCAUAGUCGUGCCGCCUCCAGAGACCGACCCCAGCCCCGUAAUCAUCGUGCCUUCUCCCGUUCAGCCAAGUCCUGAAAUCAUCCCUGACCCAGUGAUUCUUCCUAGUCCCAUUGAGCCUGAGAUUAUACCCGAGCCUGUGGUACUUCCCAGCCCCGUUGAACCUGAGGUUGUCCCAGAACCCGUGGUGCUCCCCAGCCCCGUUGACCCUGAUAUUAUCCCGGAGCCCGUCAUCCUCCCCAGUCCAGUAGACCCUGAGGUCAUUCCUGACCCCGUAAUCCUCCCCAGCCCAGUAGACCCUGAGGUCGUUCCCGAACCUGUCGUCAUCCCGAGCCCGGUGGUUGUUCUCCCCGAGAGCCUCAACUAACCAGCUAUUAUGAUAACCAUAUAAAUCCUUUAACGUUACCUCCAUGACAAUUGCUAUGAAUUGUAAUAAUAAUAUUGUAAAUUGUAUAAGCAGACAUCUAGGAUUAAAAUGUUCAAAACAGUUGUCAAAAAUUAUUUAAAGAUUUUCGGUUUUUGAUUUUAAAUAAAUAUCAGCAUGUAAA